UAUAUAUCUUGCGUCGCAGCGCCAGUGGUUGGCUUGGUAACGACAGUAGCUAGGUUAGCGCUCCUCCAAAACACCAAAACCUCCGAACGAAACUACUGUAAUUUUCCUCAACCAGACGGCAGCGGACAUCAUAUUAUUUGCUGUUUAAGUCACUGGAUAUGAUUGAGUCCUCUCUAAGUUCUUUGGGUGCAAAAGUUGUCCUCGCAACAUCCGGCGAUGAGAAUCAGCCACCAGAAAACAUCACCGACGGAAACCCUAAUACGUUUUGGAUGUCCACCGGGAUGUUUCCUCAAGAGUUCAUCAUUCGCUUUGCUGAACCCACAACGAUUUCUGCUGUGACAGUGGACAGCUACAACGUCAAGCAUCUGAAGAUCGAAAGGAACGCCUCGCAAAAUGUUUCUCAAUUUGAGUCUAUCACGGAGAAAGAAUUUGAACGUACGGAGGGACAUCUUCAGUCAAACGCUAUUUCGCUAAAUGGAAGCAGUGCAACCCACCUUCGUUUUAUCAUCACCUCAGGAUAUGAUCACUUUGUCUCAGUGCACAGAGUGGGUGUGCAGAAUUAACACAAUUGAUUGUUGUGAAUUAAAGUCUUAUGUAUUUUUGUACA